AUGGCUCAACCGGCACCGAAACACAUGGAGUACAUGCGGCUACAGGCGGCACAACUGAUCAGGGAUGACGUGUCGCGGCUAGUUGUUUUCGUGAGUCCUCUCCUGUCUUUUUGCAAGUUUCAGGCCGUUCCGGGCUUUUCCAAGACCUGGACCACAUCCUUGGAUCCGAUCGGACCCACACUUUGCAGGCUCCUUGGACAUGGAUCGAGGUACUUUGGGGCCAAGUUUCAGACUGAUUCGAACAUCUGGUCUCGAGUUAUGUGGAUCCGCUGUUUUCGCAACAAAAUCGGCCUUUUCGGCCUCAAGUAUAUCUCGGGACCAGACCAUCGGAUCGGCCUGAAACUUGGACCCAUCGUGCACCAGUCCAGAAGCCUGCACAGUUUGGGUCCGAUUAGAUUAUUGCAAGUGGGUCAAAAGUCCAGGCUUUGUUGUUAAUGAAGCACAUUUGCCUGAAAAUUCGUAAAAAAAACGAUAUUCCAGGGCGGUCCGGGCACCGGCAAAACGUGGUUUCUGAUGCGAGCGCUCGUGCACGCAUUGGAGGAAUCCGAAGCGAGCCAAGUGGUGUGCAUUUUCCGAGACGAAGUCGACUACGGCGCGUUCGCCCGCGAAUUCAACAGGGAGGAAUACGAGGCGUUGCGGAGCGACUACAAAGAUGAGGGACUGAUUUUGAAUCCGUAUCGCGUGGACGAGAUUUUGGGAAGAAACAAGAAGAGAUCGGCUGCAUUUGUUUAUCCCGAAGUAAGGAGUAAUGCACUGUCUCCAGAACUUUCACGCUCCGGAGACCGUGAGUAGCCGCCUAUCUGAAUGACUGCCAUUUUCUCUAAUCUUGCAGGAAUUUGAGAAAUCAAAGAUCAUGAUUCUGAUCUUAGACGAGAACAACGUUGCCAUGUGGAGGUUUCUGAAUGAUGACAAGUUCAAGAAGAAUGAGAACGUCACUGUUCUUGCCGGUUAGUUUGUUCUGGAAAAGGUGGAAAUGCGUUACUGAGAGAUGAGAAAUGUUUCCAAUUGCAAAAACUACGAAACACUUUGAAAAUCUGUUUUUAGCGUUUGACAAUUGGGAACAUUCCUGUUUUUUCAGAGAACAUGUCAAAAGUGUGCACUUGCAGAAACCGUGAACAUGUGGCCGUUCGGUCCGUUCAACAUGAUGUUCAAGGACGUCGACUUCCGGGUCGGACGGAUGGUGAGCACGGUCGACGAAGCCCUCUCGGCCGGAACGCCCGUACACCAACGAUUUCAAUUGGCGACGAUCGCCAAUAAAGAGCGACUCGGAACUAUUACGACGUGCUGUCUGCCGUGGUCGAAUCGCUUCGAGGAGGCGUUGCAGUGGAGUGCGCUCUACUGCUACAAGUCCCACGGCGGCGUCUCGGGUCCCGCAUGGCUGCCGGAGGACCUCGAAGAUGAGGAGGAGCCGACGAGAGCACGAAUCAGAGAACUCAUGGGCGAACAUCCAGUCGAAGUUUUCAAGUUUAUCGGCGCGUCGUACAAAACGUGCACUCAGUCGGGAACGAGUCUGGCGGAUAUAAAGAACGUGGGCGAGGCGGAGCGCCUCGUCAGUUACGUGAAGGGAAUGCUGGAAGACGCGAGAAGAUCAGAAAGACCGUUGCAUCCCCAAGAGUUCCACAUCAUGUCCACCUUCCCAGCACAGGUAUUGUGUGGCUGCCGUUCAACACUUUUCAUCAUUUCAGAUCGCCGAAAUCAAACGAUUGUUGCUGGUGGAGUCGGAAACUCACCCGGAAGACGACGUGUUCGGCAGAAUGAACCAGAUUCCCGUGAACACGCCGGCCUUUUUCCGUGGCGAGGGUCGCGCCAAAUACGUCUUCUUCUCGAUGACGCUCACCAAUCGACGACGUCGGUGUUCAUCGGAAGGAACUCACUGAAGUGACUUUGCGAUUUUGCAGAAAACUUCAACCGCCUCUUCCCUCGUGACGUCAUCCAUCUCGCGUUGACGCAGAAUCCGUCGGUGAAAACGUAUUGGGUGGGAAACAAGAGCAUUCUCGAGGAGAACGAAUCCAAAAUGUACCAAAACGUGCUGAGGUAUUCGCAUUUCCCGUUGUAUGUGUCGUUUCAAUCCACUGUUUUUCCAGAACUCUCGAGCAUGAACCAAUAGUCGAUGUGGAAGAGACGAGGAGCGACAAGCGGGCUGUGAGCGAAAUGACGCGAUGGAUGUACCGUUUGGAAAGGAGCACGGGAGGCCGCCAACAACCAGAACCACAGGUUCACAUUGAUCCGGAAGACAGGCAAGAACAACUCUCGGACGGCCCGGAUGUGUCUGAAAUCGAUCAUUUUCAGUGUGGUGUACGAACGAGACAUUGCGUACAUAGUCAGUCCGCCGGCCCGCAGCGACAGGCCGAGAAGAGAUGGCCGUGAUUGGGCAGCGAUCGAAAGGCAUGCUGUAUCCAAUGUGGCGAACAUCUCCGGUCCACAUCCGCGAUUGCCUCUGCCCGGAUCUCGGACGACAUCUUCAGGAGCAGACGAGGAAGACAUGGAGACGGAGGACGAUGAUCAACCGUCCACUUCCACCGCUCCCACGUCCCGUUACCCGAUUCGCGGCAGACCCGUCACAGAAACGGAACUGUAA